CCCUCUCAUGUCUUUCAUCCGAGACGAGUGCUUCGCGCGAUCUAGAUUUGACUCUGCAAGAAACAUUGAAGGGAUAUUGAAUUGAUUAAUAUAUUUAAAUCAUUGAGAAGAUUCUAUGGUAUUUAAUAGCGGUUGGUCACCAGUCAAGAAUAAAAGCCAAUAGAGUGCAAACAUCUAUAAGAGGAGAAAACUUACUAUGUUAAAAACGUUAAAAAUUUUAUGUGUUUUACUAAAAAUAUUUAUGCUAAUGAGGACGGCAUUCACGUCCUCUUCGAAGGAUCAGGAAGAUUGUCUAACUCAGGAUAACCCAUCCUUCAGAUUCAUCGAUGUCCAUGAGUACGUGUCAUCAAAUCUCGAAUCUGUUCAGUAUUAUUUUGAAAACGACACUGUGAGAGUAAGAAAUGAAGUCGGAGAAUCUACACCAUCUUCAGAAAGCAUUCCAAGCGAGCCAACAUGUCCUAGAGCAUUUGUGGAAUUUAACGACAGACUAAAUCAGAAAGACAUUAUUGUGACAUUCAGGUGGAACAAACCUAAAUUUACAAAUGGAGUGAUACAAAAAUAUACAGUUCAAUAUUGGUUUUUUGAGAAUCAAAUAAUUCAUAGAAGAGUUGCUAUAAUCUCAAAUUUCACGAUAUUGCAACUUAAAGUGUACAAUUUAAAACCUGAUGAAGUGUAUUAUUUCAAAGUACAAGCGCAUAACAAAUUUGGUGCUGGCACUUAUACUAAGUUUAUCAAUGUGUCGACCACACAUGAGAAUCCAGUACCUUUAUUACUCGUCAAAAAGAAAAGUGAAUUUUAUGUAUUGGAUAUAGAUUUACAGAUCGGCUUUGAACGUGAUAUAUAUAAAUACUGUACUGACAUCGUUUACUCAGCAUUGGAACAUAAAAUUUAUGGGAUUAUUCACGCCUCAAAGUUAAUAACAUUGGAAUUUAAUCCGAACGCAAUCGAAACGAAUCAAAAUUUUACAAUAAUAGCAGAAAUGGGAGGCUAUGCAUAUUCUCUGUGCAUUGAUUGGAUUCGUGGCAGUUUAUUGGUUAGAAUAUGA